ACCCAUCAUCAUUCUUCUUGAACCCUAAUUCCCCUUCUCCCUCGUCUGCAUAUUGAAUUCCAGAUUUUGCAUCUUCAAUUCCAGAGUUUGGGGACACAACAACAGAUUGAAGAAGAGGUAUUUAUGGAAGAUGAUCUCACCUUACAUUUCUUUUUUUAUGGUGAAGAUGUUGAAUGAAUUUUGUUGAUGUGAUUACUGAAAUCCAUGUUUAUGCGUAAAAUUGCUGAAAUCACGUCUGAAAUUGUUGCCGAAAUCAUGUUUAUUUAACUAUGUCUGCAUCUCCCGAUUCCUACAUUCUCGCAUAGCCUCAGCGCCGCACAUAUUGGUGCGCUUCAGCGUGGCUUUGGCUUGAGGCGCGGGAGAUGAUAGGGGGUGGUCGAGUGAAACUCAAGGGAUGGCAGCAAGCUGCUGUUGCAGUUAGAUCAGCUGUUGGAGCGUUGUUGGAUCCGCGAAGAGCUGAUUUGAUAGCUGCUCUUGGGGAGACCACUGGAAAGCCUGCAUUUCAAAGGGUUCUUGAGAGAAUGAAGACAAGUCCAGAAGGGAGGGCUGUACUACUGGAGCGCCCUCGUGUCAUCUUUGCUAACGUAGGGCAUGCAUGGGACCUUCCGCCAAACACAUUUGGUGCGACUUAUGCUAAGUUUAUGGGAUCCAGGAACUUCUCUCCUGAUGACAGGCCACCUAUCAGGUUCAUGGAAACAGAAGAAAUAGCCCAUCUUGCAACACGCGCUCGUGAAGUGCACGACUUCUGGCACACCCUGUUUGACCUACCUACCAAUUUGAUUGGCGAAUCAGCAUUGAAGGUCAUAGAAUUUGAGCAGAUGCUUCUCCCCAUGUGCGCCCUAUCGGUUGCAGGGGGGACUGCCCGAUUCAGCCAAAGUCAGAGGAAUUUGUUCUACCAGCAUUACUUCCCUUGGGCUCUCCGUGCAGGCGUGAGAUGCACUGAUCUGAUGUGUGUGUAUUAUGAGCGCCAUUUUGAUGAGGACUUGGAAGAUGUUCGUUGGAGAUGGGGAAUUGUUCCUGCUCCUCCUCCCCCGCUACGUGCAGCCUGAAAUCAACACGUAGUUCUUUCCCCUUAAGAAUAAAGCAGAGAGCUUUUCUUUCCUUACAAUGUGAUAGUAGCCUUUCUGAUCUUGUAUCAUAAUUUUACUGGCUUAUUUUUGUAACAGGAUUUGUUUUUUUAGGAGCU